AAGAGGAUGCGCACGCGCAUCGCGAGCAACCGCGACUUUUCUGGCGGCGCUCUCCCCGCUGAUCUCUCUCGGGCCGUUUGUCGCGCCGACGACCCGCGCCGCGCCCCCGUCACUUCCCGCACGCGGGGGCCUCGCUACGGGAGCAGGUAGGCGCUGCCCCGCCGCCCGGCCCGAGGCUCCGUUCCGAGGGGCGCCCCACCAUGGCCGUGUUCGACACCCCGCAGGAGGCCUUCGGGGCGCUGCGCCCCGCCUGCGUGCAGCUGACCAAGGCCCAGACGGUGGAGAACGUGGCCCAGCUGGAGGCCCGGCUGGCGGCGGUGGGCGCGGGGGCCCUUCAGGAGCUGCAGGAAUACGUGCUGUUCCCGCUGCGCUUCGCCCUCAAGGUGCCCGGGCCCAAGCGGGAGCGCGUGGUGCAGCGCGUGCUGCGGUGCCUCCGUGCCGUGCUGCUCGGCACCCGCGUCACCGACCCGCGGCUGCUGCAGGAGCUGCUGUCCGAGCUCUGCGCCUGCCUGCCCGCCCCGCACGGAGCCCCGGCACCGGCCGAAGAGCUGCAGCUGGCCGCGCUGCAGGCGCUGCUCGCCCUGAUGCGUUCUGCUCAGAGGGAUGCCGUCGCCGCUCUGUACCGGCCUUCCUGCCUCCCGCUCCUCGGCUUCGCAGUAUCUCUGCUCCUGGGUCUGGCGGAGCGAGAGAGGGCGAAGCAAAUUAGGCUGUCCGCUUUGGAGUGCUUGCAGGUCCUGCUGCUGCAGGGCGAGUGCCAGGAGCACCGGUGGCUACGCGAGGAGCAGGCGCAGCGAUGCGGGGAUUUAUUUGCUUCUUUUCUGCCCGGCGUUUCUCUUGCGCUGUCUCGGAUUAUUGCUGGCGAUGUCAAACAAGGGCACAGAAUCACUGUUUCUGCCAUCAGACUCUUUUAUCAGGUCGUUGUCUCGGUAAUGGCUGAUGAGCAGCUAGCCAGAGUCCCGAAGCAGAAAGAAAAGCCGCCGGCAGAACAAAGUAGGAUAGCAGAACUGAUUGUCCAUAGAGGGCCUGAGUGGAGCAAAAGUACGUCAGAAAAACUCUCCCUCCUCCUUCAUAAAAUCGUCGAACUUUCUUCGGUCCACUCUCACUGGAGAGUGAGACUGGAGCUGGUGGAACUUGUCCAUCACUUGCUGAGCAACUGCAGGCUGUCGCUGGUGGACUCGUUCACCCACCUUCUGAAGGCCUUGGUGGGGCUGGUUAAUGAUGAGAACAGCGAAGUGCAAAGCAGGUGUAACGAAGUACUGCAAGGCAUUGCAGAGCAGCAGGUGAUAACACAGAACAGGGCUCUCGCUGAUGUUCUCUCAGAGAACCUCCAUUCCCUUGCCACAGCCCUUCCUCGCCUGAUGAACUCUCAGGAUGACGCAGGCAAGUUUUCCACUUUGAGCUUGUUACUUGGCUACUUGAAGCUGCUGGGCCCCAAGAUUAACAUUGUCCUCAACUCUGCAUCCCACCUCCACCGCCUGUCCAAAGCACUGAUGCAGGUUCUGGAGCUGGAUGUGACGGAUGUGAAGAUAGUGGAAGACAGACAGUGGGGCUGUGUGGGUGGGUACGACCCCUCAGGCUCCGUGCAGCACGGCGUGCAGAAGGGCAGAAGUCAAAGAAAAUACUUCCGCUUCUUCACAGAGGAAAAAAUUUUCCAGCUCCUUCAGCAAGUUUGUCGUGUUCUCGGCUACUAUGGGAACAUCUAUUUGCUUGUGGAUCAUUUCAUGGGGCUGUACAGUGAGUCUGCUGUGUACCGAAAGCAGGCUGCCAUGGUCCUCAAUGAGCUGAUUGCGGGAGCUGCUGGCAUGGGGGUGGAUGUCCUUCAGGAAAGGGAAGUUUCACUGAGCAUGGAUGAUCUCAAAGCGUCCAUAACGUCCAUUCUUGAGGAGUACACAGACCAGGCAAACUGGUAUUUGGUCACUAGCAUUGACACAGAGGAAAUCGGCCACGAGCAGCUCUCUGUGCCACGCUCAGGACUUGCUGCCCUCCCAGGAGCUGCAUGCAGCAGCAUUCUGCCAUCCCCAGACCCUCACGUAACAACACGCACCAUGAACAGCAACGUGUGGCAGCUCUGCAUCCAGCUGGAGGGGGUCGGCUGCUUUGCAGCUGUGCUGGGGGGAGAGUUCCGCCUGCUUCUGCUGUCAGCUCUCUACCCAGUGUUGGAAAAGGCCGGUGACAGAACUUUGCUCAUCAGUGAGACAGCACAGGGGACGCUGGUAGACAUAUGCGAGGCCUGCGGUUAUGACUGUGUGCAGAGUCUGAUUAAUGAGAAUUCUGACUAUCUGGUGAAUGGGAUUUCCCUGAACCUGCGCCAGGUGGCACACCAGCCACAUGCUGCCCAGGUCCUGAGCACGAUGCUGAGGCACUCGGAUGCCAGCUUGCUGCCACUGGUAGAAGACGUUAUCCAAGAUGUCCUGUCUGCACUGGAUCAGUCUUACAGUGACCAGGCUUCUACCUUCCUCGGUGUCCUCCACUCCUUAAUGGCAGCUCUAGUCCAGUGGUUUGGGCCAUCCUGCAGCAAGGAGCACCAGUGGAAGCAGGCUGUGGAGGGGCAGAGCAGGACUGUGUCCCAGAUACAGCAGGAGAUAACAAGUCAAGAAAUGGAGCGAUUCUUCCUCGACUAUAUUAAGCAGAAGCAGAUUGCAGAGGGCAACCUUCCUGACUCGGGUGACGAGGAGGCAGACGAGGUUCCCCCCCUUGCUGAGCCCGAGCCAAGCAACUCUGAUGCAGAAGGAGAAACUGCACUGCCCAGCCAUGCUCAGCUGGCCAAAGAUGUGAUGGAGAGGUGCAUCCAUCUGCUGUCUGACAGGAACCUCCGUGUGCGGCUGAAGGUCCUGGACGUGCUGGAGCUCUGUGUGACUGUGCUGCAUCCUCACAGAAACCAUCUGCUUCCCAUGGCUCAUCGUGUCUGGCCAGCUCUUGUCACUCGGCUGAUUAGCGAUGACCCUCUGGCAGUGCUGAGAGCCUUCAAGGUGCUGUGUACCCUGGCACAAAAGUGUGGAGACUUUCUGAGGCAGAGGUUCUCCAAAGAUGUCCUGCCUAAGCUGACCAGUUCCCUCCUCAGCCAAGCUGCAGCGAGUGCUAGAGCUGGGCCUGUGUACAACCACACUCUUGCCUUCAAGUUACAGCUGGCUGUGUUGCAGGGACUGGGUUCCCUGUGUGAGAAGCUGGACAUGGGUGAGAGUGACCUGAAUAAAGUGGCAGAUGCUUGCCUGGUUUACCUCAGUGCCAAGCAGCCCAUGAAGUUGCAAGAAGCUGCCCAGAGCACAUCUCCAUCUGAUGUAGAAAAGAGUCUCUCAUAGAAUUUCUCAGGUGUUACUCAAAAUAAAUCAUCCAUGUGGAUCAGACCUGGCAGAACAGCUCUGCCGUAGUGUCCAGCUAAAUGGCUUACCUCUUCCACCUGCCAGCCCAUAGCGAGGCAGGAAAAAAGGCCUGUUCCCCCCAGGCUCAGCCAGGUGGGCCUGUGUUGCUUAGGUUGCUGUCAGUCUUGGCACCAGUCUUGCUCUGCAAAGGCUGGGAGAGGUUAAAAGAGCACAAACAGUUUAGGUGAACAGGCAUUAGCCCUAUGAAAUGUUGACAGACACACUUUGCCAGUUGCUGUUCAAAAUCCUGCUCGACAUGUUCCUGCUGUCAGGAUAAGAAAUCACUGCUGCCAUAUGUUGUCACCUGGAAACAAGGGCAGACAUUUCAGCAGACAAAACGUGUCCAGUUACGGAACACAGAAAGAAGAAUAAGAAAGCCACACGUCUCUGUUUCUGCUGAAGAUGAGGAAGAGCCACCCUCUUUGUGUGGCCACCUUCCCUCCCCUAAUGGGAGAGGCAGCCCGCUGCGAGCAGGUUCAGCAGGCACAGCACAUUUCAGAGGGCAGGCUGUUAAAAAGGGAAAAGCUGUCAGCUCCCUUUCACCUGAGUGCAGACCUCCCAGGGGUGUGGAAGAGCUUUUGUGUGGCUGGGCAGCAGCUGAGACAGACAGAGCUCUCAGAACUGCAGCCAUACCUUUGUUUGUAUUCCGGAGUUGGUGAGAGUCAGUUUAUUUUUACCUUAGUGGCUUUUAUGGCAUCGCAGCAGGUUUCAGCAGCAUUUGUUCUGCAAAGGGGCUCUUUGCUGUAGGCUUGCAUAUCCUUGAUACAAUAUAACGUUCAUCUGUGUAAGCAACGCCGGCGUGGAAAGCAGAACGCCAGGAUUUAUCUGUUUGGAAACUUAAGCUUUUAAAUCACUAACAAAGCAGGCUGAAAAGCUGUGUAAUUUCUCACACGCACGCUAGGGAUGGAGGGGGGAAGGACUGAAUUAGCCAUAUGAUGUGCAUUUAGGCAAGGGCAAAUUAUCAGCCUGCUACAUGAAAUAUUCUGCAAUUGAAAUGCUUCUAAAAACAGAUAGAACAGAACUAAUCUUAGCUGCAGCCCGAGUGCCAGCACGCAUCACAUAACUCAGCUUUAUCACUACCAAAAUCAUACAGGGUAAAAGGAUGUCUGGAGCCCCCGUGCCAUGCUGAUUUAUGCUAACUGGUUUUUGCUCACCUUUUUGGUUCCUUAUGCUACUCAUGAGUUGUGACCUGCCAGGAGGAAGGUCAGCUCAUCCAAAGCCAGCUGCAAUAACUCCCCUCAUUGUCUCAGCCCGAUUUUAAAGUGAAGGUUCUGUAGCGAAGUGCUGAGCAGCAAUUUUGGGCCAAGGUGCUGCCAUCACCGAAAAAAAUAAAUAGAUUUGUGUCUUCCAGGAAUGUUACGGUGCUCCAGGGAGGCCAUUUAAUCCCAUUUAUGGGACCCUGUAGUUUUAUUGGAUGAAGCAGUGGGAGUAAGUGAAUUUGGUAAAUGCAGCUUUGUGCAGAACUCAACGGGCAAAAAUAGAUGCUGGGAAAAGAAGAACUGCAGCGUGUCUGAGGCAGGGAAAGCAGGGCUUUCCUAUGGCUGCUGGUGGGAUUCCAGGAGAUAAGCAUUACCCAAAUCUUGGUUUAAGAAACCGAAACACCAAGGUUUGGGAACAUAGGGACAGCUUUGCUUUGAUGGAAAAUGAGGCAGCAUGCCUUCAAGGAAGGUGAGCAGACAUUGUGCAGCUGAGGGGUUGCGCUGUGAGGGGUCAGGAAUGAGAUGGGGGGAAAACAGUGCAAACCAGAACGUGGAUUUGAGCAUCUGAUCCACUUCCUGAAUGGCAUCACCCCUAAGAUCCUCAGCUUGAGGAAAAACAGAACAUCAAACCCUGAAGGAAAAAAAGAGAGAUGAAGAAAUUGUCACUGGCCCAUGUCAGCGCUCUACAAAUAGCUGGGCAUUUUUUCUCCGUUUGAAGUGACUGUUUUGAAAUUUACACUUCUUUUUAAUAAAUGUUUACAGUCUGUCAAGUUUCCCAUUUGACCUUUCCGUCACCAUUCUGGGGAGGAAUGCUUUUUUCUGAGGCACAGAAAUAAUUUCCCUGCUCGUGCUGAAGCCUGCAGUGACCCAUCUCCAGUUAUUACCCAGCACAGCUGCGAAAGCCAGGCAGGCUGGUUCUUCUGCCAGCCCAUUUGUGCCAUGGCUUUGCUCUGAGCCUGGGCAAAGCCCAGUUAUCAGAAUAGCCUCACUGCCCUGUGCCAUAAGAACCUGUUGGAACAAAUUGGAGCCAUUUGGGGAUCUUUUUAGAUACCAUAUUUGAUUACACAGCAUUAACGACAUCCUUUGCUUUGACUGUGCAGCUUAUUGGAUUCUUACUAACAGCUGUCAUUUGCAAGCUGGGCUGAAACCCACUAAGACAGCCACCUGCACGUGGCAGCACUCAAUGAAAUGAUAUUGAACUUAAAAAAAAAAACCAACAACAGAAAACAAACCUGGAUUAACCCCAGGUUUGUUUGCCAUGGAAACAGGUUGCUUAGAUACUACCCAAAGAGUUAGUUUGGAACUGCAAGAGUCCAGUUGUUCUUGAAGCUGCUGCACAGCAGUCCGGGUUACAGGAGAUGAUCCCAGGCCGUGAGCCAUUGUGGGCAGGAGAGGCAGUGGAGCUCUAUGGGGAGCAGCAGAUCCCUUGGGGAAGGGUUGGAGACCAGGAGCUCUGUGCUGUGAAUAUAGGAGUGGAAGCUGGGGAGAUGGAUGGCAGGAGCACAGCAUUCCCCAUUUCCACAUUGACUUCCCAGUGAUUCAUCUUCCUUGCCUGCUGUGAUCCAUCCCAGGCAGAAGGAACAGGGGUGAUUUCUGUGCAGCCACCCACCGUAAACCAGGGAGACAGAGGGGACCUGCUGCUCCCUGCAGUCAGCACAGUUUGCUCCCACCAGCACAGCCAGCGAGCACCAGGCAAGGGAAGGAACUCUGCUUUCUGCAAACGCUGUGUAGAAGGGGGAAAAUGUAGAGGCAGUUCAUAAGAAAUCAGAGUGGGAGAGACUGGAAGACAGACCCUCAGAACAGCAUUCAGCUCUUAGAGGCCCAGCCUGGAAAGCUGUGUAGGUUGCAGACAGAGCCAAUGCGUUCCUGAGCUGCUUAUAAUGACCCCACUGGAUGUAAAUGAAAAAAAAGCCUUUCUCCUUACUCAUCUCUCCUUUCUUCC